GGCUUCGGGGUGGUUCCCAUCGACCAUGGCCUUCACCCUGUACUUGCUGCUGCAGGCGGCCCUGCUCUGCAUCAACGCCAUCGCGGUGCUGCACGAGGACCGAUUCCUCAAGAACACUGGCUGGGGAACAGACCAGGGAAUUGGUGGAUUCGGAGAGGAGCCAGGAAUUAAAUCUCAGCUAAUGAACCUUAUUCGAUCUGUAAGAACCGUAAUGAGAGUGCCAUUGAUAAUAGUAAACUCAAUUGCAAUUGUAUUGCUUUUACUAUUUGGGUGAAGAUCAGUGGGGGAAAUGGAGACUCAGAAGAAGAGAUGUCAGCGGAAGUUAUUACUUUCGUCUUUAUUGGAAUAUAUAUACCUUAGCUGGCUGUCCCUGGCCUUGACAAAAAUGUAAACAUGAUAAUAAAAC